AGUUGAUUGCAUUAGACAAGUUCUAAGUAGACUUUUAAAGUGGACUUUGUGGCUAUAAAAGGCGUGCUUUUUGUGAGGAACUAACAAGCUCAUGAGGUGAUCAGUUAAAUAAUAUUCUUUUCUUCCUAAGCAUAUAAAAGCUAAUAAUAAGAAAAGACAUAUUUGUUAUGGCUUCUCCAAAAAACAAGAUACUAAUUUUUGGAGGCACUGGUUACCUUGGAAAAUUCAUGGUGAAAGCCAGCGUUUCUCAAGGCCAUCCCACUUUUGUUUACGUUCGACCUAUCAAUCCCCAUGAUGCCCAUCCCUCUAACUCUAAUAAGCUUCAGCUCCACACACAGUUUCAAUCCAUGGGUGUCACCAUCUUCCAUGGUGGAUUGGAGGAGCACGAUAAACUUGUUAUGGCUCUUAAACAAGUGGAUGUUGUUAUAUCUACGUUGCCUGUUCCUCAACAUCUUGAUCAACUCAAGAUACUCAAAGCCAUAAAAGAAGCUGGUAACAUCAAGAGAUUUGUUCCAUCAGAGUAUGGGAAUGAAGUGGAUAGAGUGAGUGGAUUGCCACCAUUUGAGGCUUUACUAGAAAAUAAAAGAAAGAUCAGAAGAGCCACAGAGGCAGCAGGGAUUUCGUACACCUACGUCUCUGCAAAUGCAUUUGCAGCCUAUUUCAUUGAGUACUUGCUUCAUCCACACGAUCAAAGUACUACAGACCAACACCAUGUCAAAGUUUAUGGAAGUGGUCAUGCCAAGGUUGUGUUGAAUUACGAAGAAGAUGUAGCUGCUUAUACUGUGAAGGCGGCUUGUGAUGAACGAGCAGUGAAUCGGGUUAUUAUAUGUAGGCCCCAACAUAAUAUUACUACUCAACUGGAUUUGAUAUCUUCUUGGGAGAGAAAAACAGGUCGCACACUCCAAAGAACCUUUGUUCCCGAGGAGGAAUUGAUCAACCUCUCUGAAAGUCUACCAUUUCCAGAGAACAUACCUGUGUCUAUUAUUCAUAACAUAUUCAUAAAAGGAGACCAGAUGAGUUUCGAACUCACAGAAAGUGACUUGGAAGCCUCUAAGUUAUAUCCUGAUUACAAAUAUACACUUGUUGACAGUUUACUCGACAUUUGCUUGGUCAAUCCUUCCAAGCCUAAAUUAUCUUCAUUUUCUUAAUUUCUUUAAAACUCAUGAAUGAUAUACAUUAUGUCAAGUUUUCAUACUUCUCACAAAAAAAGUUUGAUUUCUGUAUUAAGUUUAAGGGUGUAUUUAUUAUUUUAGAUCCAGACAUCUAAAUUUUCAUGCAUUUUUUGAAUAAUAAAGUAUCAUCUCUGAAUAUUAAAAUAUUUAUACAAUUUAUUUAUUUAUUUA